CAUCGUCAAUCGUCAUAAUCUCUUCACUCUCCAUUUCAACUCCACUUUUAUUUCAUCAAUAGUUAUGUUCUUCGCUCGAGACGUCAAGGAGUUUGAACCCUCCACCUCCUCCAUACAACGGUCACAACCAUGCCGUCACUUCGAAUUUUCUGAAAUUCUGAUAGCAACUGAGAACUUUGACGAAUCAUUAGUAAUCGGGAGUGGAGGUUUCGGGAAAGUUUACAAAGGUAAUGUAAUAUAUGGAUCAAGUCUUGUUGUUGCUGCCAUUAAACGUUUGGAUUCCAUGUCCAAUCAAGGGGCAACAGAGUUCUGGGCGGAAGUUGAAAUGCUUUCAAUGUUGCGUCACUUUAACCUUGUGUCAUUAUUUGGGUAUUGUAAUCAUGAGAAAGAGAUGAUACUCGUGUAUGAAUAUAUGCCCAAUGGAACACUUGAUGAUCAUCUCCAUAAACUCUGUUCCCCUCUUUCCUGGCUUCAGCGCCUAAACAUAUGCAUAGGUGCUGGUCGUGGGUUACACUACCUGCACACUGGUACCGGAAUCGAUUCUGGUGUUAUACAUCGCGAUGUAAAAAGUUCUAAUAUUUUAUUACAUGAAAGUUGGGCAGCUAAAAUAGCUGACUUUGGGUUGUCAAAAGUAGGUCCAACGAAUCAACCAUCUACUUAUGUCAAUACACAUGUUAAAGGCACUUUUGGAUAUUUGGAUCCCAAUUAUUAUGCAACUGGAAAGCUAACCAGGAAGUCUGAUGUGUAUGCUUUUGGGGUAGUGUUGUUGGAAGUGUUGUGUAGGAAGCGUGCGACGGAUAGAAGUCUAGAUGAGGGUUUAGUUACAUGGGUUCAAGAUUCUAUCAAAGAAGGGAAUUUAAAGCAAAUAAUUGAUUCUGAUAUAAGGGGUGAAAUCUCCCCAAAAUGUUUGAAGGAAUAUGUUAAAAUUACAGAGAGAUGUUUGCACAACAGUCCAAAACAGCGACCUGCCAUGGCUGAAGUUCUGUUUAGUCUUGAAUCUGUGCUGGCUUUACAAGUGAAAUUCAAUAAUUCGUUGCAAUUUGCACACAGGACAAUAUUUAGUAGAAUGGUUAACUUGCUUCCCUUCUCCUCCAAUGAAGAAAACUCUGUUCAUCGUGAUUCAAAUUUAUCAAGCAAUAGCAAAGGCAACAAUAUAUUUCAAGUUGUGAAUGAAGUUCCUGCAGAUUUCCGAAGGCCAAACCCGAGUCUGAAUGUAUUUAAGUUUGCUGAUUUAGAAAAAGCUACAAGAAAGUUUAGUCUAGAUUUGCUAUUGGGCGAGGGAGGAUUUGGGAAGGUGUUCUUAUGUUGGGUUGAGCCGAACACAUUAGCCCCUUCAAAACAAGGUGUUGGAGUUGCAGUUGCUGUCAAAAGGCUCGAUCACGAAUCCCUUCAAGGACAUGCUGAAUGGAUGGCAGAGGUGAACUUUUUAGGAUAUAUGGCUCAUCCAAAUAUCAUUAAACUCUUGGGAUACUGCAUGGAUGAACCUGAGCGCUUGCUUGUUUACGAGUACAUGCCAAAUAAAAGUUUGGAUCGCUUUUUAUUCACAGAUACCCCUAAUACUGCGGUGCCACUGUCUUGGCGAACACGACUUUUGAUAAUGAUAGGAGUUGCCCGUGGGUUGACAUAUUUGCAUUCUGCAAAUGUCAUAUACCGUGAUCUAAAACCCGCUAAUAUAUUACUGGAUGGAGAUUUUAAUGCAAAACUAGCUGAUUUUGGACUUGCUAGACGUGGUCCUGAAACCGAGGGAACUCAUGUUAGUACAUGUGUGGUGGGAACCUAUGGUUAUGCAGCCCCGGAGUAUGUCCAGACUGGUCGUUUGAAUAUAAAGAGCGACGUUUAUGGUUUCGGAGUGGUUAUGUUGGAAAGUAUAACAGGCCAAAGGGCAAUAGAUCGUAAUAAUCAGCCUCAGAACUUGGUGGAAUGUGUUACUCAGAUCAAAUCAGAUAAAAGAAAGCUAAAGAAAAUAAUGGAUCCACGUCUUGAAGACAAGUACCCCUUAAAAGGUACCUCUGAAUGCUUUGAACUUGCAUUAAGAUGCGUUGUACACAACCCCAAGGAUAGGCCUUCAAGUGAACAAGUUUUACAGAGUUUGGAACAAAUACAUGCCCUUUACAAGUAACCUUGAACUUAUUGUUAAGCGCGGUGUACUGGUAUGAGCAGUGACGGAGCAAGGAUUUUUUUUUUUUCAAUGGGGUCAUCUUUCUUCGGUGUUCAAAUUUUCAUAACAGAAAGUUAGAAUUUUCGGGUGAGUGCGGGGCGACCAAGUAGUUCUUGAACCCAUAUACCAUCAAAAGUGCCUUAAUGAUUCAAGUAAGUUGGAUUUUUAAAAUUUAUUUUUCAUAACUUUGUUGUUGAUGGUGUUUAUUUUUGUUAAUGAAUUCAGAAGAUUUGAUUUGGAGUAACGUCAACACUGUUGUAGACAUUGGA